AAGUGAUUCGUGACUAACGUAGUUACCUCCCUUCCACAAUUAAUUCCUUCUUUGAUUUUCGUUUUGUUUUGAAAUUCUCAGACGAACCCCUGAUCGGAACUUUUCUGCCUCUAUGUGUGGUAGACGCGUAGUAGUAACUGGAGCUGGACUUGUGUCCUGCUUAGGAAGUGAUGUCAAAAAAGUAUGGCAACGUUUAUUAGCUGGCGACUCUGGAAUAUCUUGUUUGAAGGACAAAGCAUAUCAAAACAUUCCGUGUCGCAUCGCUGGGAUCGUUCCCCGAUCGGCACAAAACGAUGAUUCGUCUGACAUUGUAAACAUCGAUGCCUUUGUAACACCUUCCCAGAAGAAGAUUCUGUCUUUGUCUUCCAUAUACGCGUUGAUUGCGGCCGAAAAUGCCCUGAAUGAUUCACAAUGGGAACCCAAAUCCGAGAUGGACCGACUACGAACUGGUGUGGCUGUCGGGGUAGGCAUGGUUGACAUGGAAGAAAUUGUCCACAGUGGUAAGACACUCCAUGAGAAAGGUUAUAAAAAAGUGAGCCCCUUUUUCAUACCUAAAAUUCUUAUUAAUAUGGCUGCUGGACAUAUAAGUAUGAAACAUUCCUUGCAUGGUCCUAACCAUUCUGUGUCGACAGCCUGCGCCACAGGAUUGCAUAGCAUUGGUGAUGCAUUUAGACUAAUCAAAUACAAUUCUGCUGAUGUAAUGUUAGCAGGAGGUGUCGAUGCCGCUGUCAAUCCGCUUGCAAUAGCAGGCUUUGCUAAAAUUCGAGCGUUGAGCACAAAUUUCAACGAUGAACCACAUAAGUCCUCGCGUCCUUUUGACCGUCAACGCGAUGGGUUCGUCAUGUCGGAAGGUGCGGCUUUGCUUGUUCUCGAAGAAUUGGAGCAUGCUAAACAAAGGAAUGCUCCUAUUUAUGCUGAAGUACUUGGUUAUGGUCUGACUGGUGAAGCAAACCACAUUACUGCCCCCAGAGAAGACGGUUAUGGUUCUUUCCAUUGCAUGAAAAUGGCCAUCGAAGAAGCUGGAGUUGAUGUUUCAGCGAUAAAUUACAUAAAUGCACAUGCAACUUCUACACCACUUGGUGACGCCGCUGAAAUCCGUGCCAUUCGCCGGCUUUUCGGAGACCACUGUGAUAAAUUGAUGAUAUCUUCAACUAAAGGCGCUACGGGACAUUUAUUGGGGGGAGCAGGAAGCAUAGAAGCUUUAUUUACUGUUCUCAGUUUGAAGACUGGGGACAUUCCACCAACAAUUAAUUUAGAGAAUCCCGAUGAAGAAUUUACUGGAUUAGAUUUAGUUCCCAUUCGCAAUUCCAAACUUAUUGAUGAUUCACGACGCUGGAUUGCUCUCAGCAAUUCUUUAGGCUUUGGAGGGACGACUGCGUGCGUCUGUUUUGGAUCCAUGCCUUUGGCUAAGUCUUAGCACAACUGCUACAUUCACUGCCAUACAAAUAUAUCAAACAACUGAAUUCGCUAGAAACAGCAGUCAAAAUUUCUCAAAAACUCUUUCGUUAGUUAUAAACAUUAAAAAAUCUCCAUCUUGAGAUAUAUACUUGAAAAUAGACAGAAUGGUCGUGGUUGGAACACCUUUUAGUAGUAAGUCUGCUGACCCAUGGCUAUAUUGUUAUAUUGGACCCUCUACAUAUCAACAAGGAAACUGCUAUGUAGUUGCCCAGCUUGUUAGAAAUAGCAGCAAAAUGCUUUUGAAUCAUACCUGAUCAUCUUAAAGAAAGAAGUCUGUCCCAGAUAUACAAACAGAUGCAAGGGUCAGGACUUGAACAACAUUGCUCAUAAGUUUGCUCAAUCAGGCCCUGCCUGGGGUUAUACAACAACAUUCAAACCCUCCUAAAAUGAGUGUACUCAGGCAAAAAUGAUAAAACCUUGACAUCUUGACUUUGUAAGUUGCUCUCACUGUACCAGGGGUCAGGUUUUCUCUGCCCGUUUCUUUUCCAAAGCCAAAUCCAGUUUCACCCUUCUCUCCUCUUAACCCUUCAGCAUUCACAUUACUCCAUCAAAUGUAAUCCCUAUUCUUAUUGUUUUGAAUUAAUCAUGCAUUGUCACAGAUUUGAGAUUUCAGUGAUGAGAUUGUUUAUUUUUAGAAUGACAUUGUGUAGGGUUGGUGUGAGAGGCUGGAUCUGGCCAAUUUGAACAUAAGACAGGUGAAAUAUUUGGGCCAGAUAUGACUAGUUUAAACACUAAAGGGUUAAACUUCAGUCUACCUGUGAAAACAAAGAUGUUAUUGAUAAUCAAAGAAAUUCUUUUAACCAUAUUGGGUCCAAUGAUCAUUUGGCAAAUUGUGGAUUCUGACUGUCAUUAACAAAUCACUAACCAACUAGUUUACUUUGCUGUGCCAGAACAUUCUAUGACC